CUUGUUCGAACGGCCACGUUUGCGAUGAGCUCCGCUGGAAACAGCGCAUCGGCCCUUGGCCGAGGAUCACACCCACCGUCGUCUACCGAUUCCGGUAAUUAUAAAGUCGUUCUUCCUCGUCUACCGACUGGCAACACCGUCCUCAAUUCAGUUUUCCUGCAUGCUGACCUGGCAGGGCGGCCGUAUCGAGCCCCGGACUUUCGCGAUGCUCUCCUUUCAGUGCUAAGUGCAACUGAUAUCCUCGGCGCUGGACAAUACCAGAUGAGCCAUUUGUGGUUGGUAACAUGUGUUAAUAGCAUCGCGAAACAGAAACUUGUCGACAAAGGCGAGUUGUUGGUGAAAGGCCUCAAGUGCCUUGUCAUUGACCCGGAAUGCAAGAAUGUCAAGAUGAAGCUUCUUUGGCUUCCCCCACACCUCGAACAGAGACGGAUUGUUGAAGCGCUAGAGCCAUAUGGCACAGUGCAGUCCAUCACGAGAGAAAUGUGGCGGUGUGACGGCAUGGAGGGCUGGCAAAUGACUAACCGAGACGUGGCGUUCACAUUGAAAGAUGGCGUUUCUGCCGGUAAUCUGCCACAUCUGUUGAGCAUAUAUGGCCACCAGUGCCUUAUCUUGGUACCUGGCCGACCACCACUUUGCCUCCGGUGCAACAGAGUUGGGCAUAUCCGGCGACAGUGUCGCACACCACGCUGCAGUAACUGUCACCGCUACGGUCACCCUGCAGAUGCAUGCGUCGGAACUUACGCUGACAAGCUUCGUGGAAAUAGACCGGCUGAGGCUGAUACCAUCACCGAUCAUCUCAUGGACGUGAGCGAAGUUGUGGAUGCAACUGGAGAAACACUCCCUGAGACUCAUCGACAAGAACAGAUUAAACCGUCAUCGGCCUGA